AUGGAAUCCACUUCUUCUACCUUUCUCGACGGCGUUAAUCGCAAAGCUCCAGGUUUGCCAUCCACCCCUUCGCCGUUGUUGUCGAAAGUCAAAAAGGAACGUGAUUGUCAGUGCGAAAUUUGUGGAAAGACAUUUGGACGUCACUGGCUUUUGCAAGGUCAUCUACGCACUCACACUGGUGAGAAGCCGUUCUCUUGCAAUGUUUGUGGGAAGGCCUUCGCUGACAAAAGCAAUCUUCGCGCUCACAUACAGACGCAUAGCAGCGAAAAGCCUCACCACUGCCUGCGUUGUGGGAAACGAUUCGCGCUAAAGUCGUACCUUAGCAAGCAUGAAGAAUCCGCUUGUUAUCGGGCCACAUCUACAGGAUCUGCCAGCGUUUCCAGCGAAGUGGCAACAGAAGUAGCUUUUCAAAAUUGUCCUGCAAAUCUUCUGUGCAUUGGAACUUCGAAG